CCUUCACUGAUGACUGUAGUGUUUUGAGUGAAAUCUGUGCCACUCUGGCACGCCUGUCUGUCCGGAAUGAAUUUUGCCAGGAGAUCAUGGACCUUGGAGGCUUAAACUUCAUAGUGGCACUGUUGGCGGACUGCAUUGAUCAUCAGGAACUGGUGAAACAUGUGCUCAGUGCCAUCCGGGCCAUUGCAGGCAAUGAUGAUGUCAAAGAUGCCAUUGUCAAUGCAGGAGGGACUGAUCUCAUUAUUUUGGCCAUGAGUCGCCAUCUUGGCAACCCACAGGUGUGUGAACAGAGUUGUGCGGCAUUGUGUAUGCUAGCGUUGCGCAAGCCAGAGAACUGCCGAGUCAUCAUGGAAGGCGGGGGAGCCUUGGCAGCUUUGCAGGCCAUGAAGACGCAUCCCAAGGAAGUUGCUGUGCAGGUGAUGUCAUUAUUCCCCUACUGGGACCACAGCUCCUUUCAUGCUUUUCA